AUGUCUUCACAAAUGAAGCAACAAGAAUUUACAAACAGAAAAGAAGCUGAAAAACUGUCAUCAGUUAAGCUACCGAAAAUAGAUAUGAUAUCUUUCGCCGGUGAUAAAACUAAGUGGACUGAAUUUUGGGACUGUUUCCAGAGCGCGGUACACAACAAUAAAAUGAUAUCAAACAUUGAAAAGUUUACCUAUCUGAAGAGCAAAUUGUUCGGUGAAGCAGGAAGGGCGAUUGCUGGAUUAGCCUGUCGAGCGAAAAACUAUAACGUAGCAAUGGAUAUUUUGAAGAAAAGAUUUGGCAAUUCACAAGAAAUAAUUGAUCUUCACUACAAGCGACUGAUAAACAUUUCGUCGGCUACAAACAAAGUUAGCAGUUUGAGAUAUUUGAUAGACAAUGUCGAUAAACAUUUUAGAAGUCUGGAAAGUCUCGAUCAAAACGUCAACCAAGACAUUAUUGUGUCGAUCAUAAAGUCGAAAAUACCUGAAGAUGUGUUACUGCAACUUGAAAUCAUGAAAGAUGUCGACGAAAAGUGGACAGUUAGAACUAUAAGCAAACGGUUAAAUGACUAUAUUGUAGCGCGUGAAAGGGCAGUAAAGGACACGAACAGUACCGACAUUAGACAACGACGCUCAGCUACGAUGUCAUAUGAAAGGAAACAGCGAAGCUUUGGACUGGGAAUGAGAAAUCGUACGUCUGAAUCUACACCAAAACAUACGACAGAAGCGUUUGUAGCGGGAGAAAAUAGAGCAAUUACGCAAGCAUUUACGAAAGCGUGUAGAUACUGCAACGGCGAGCACUGGAGCGAUGAAUGUAAAAGGUAUAAAACAAUUGAUGAAAGGAAAAAACGGUUGAAAGGAUGCUGUUAUAAAUGUUUGAAAGAUAAUCAUAGAGUAAAGGACUGUAAAAGCACAAGAAUUUGUACGUACUGCAAGAAAGUGAACGUACAUCACAGAAGUUUAUGUGACAAAGAUUUCAAAUUAAUCAAAAUCUUGAAAGCGCAAAUUUGUCCAAUGAAGUGGAAAAUGUUGAAAAUACGGAAAGCGAAAAUAAAACAUUAG